AUGCCUGAUAACAUCGAGAGGCCUAACGAUCCGGACGGGCAUGACGAUCCGAACAAGCACGAUGACCUGGACGAGGCCGAUGACCCAAAAGACAUCGACGAUCUGUACAGGCUCCACGAAACGGAUAAGCCUGAAAACCCGAACGGACUCAAUGACCCGAACGAGCCCAAUGAUCUAGACGAGCGUGACGAUCCGAGCGAGCCCGACGACUCGGACAAGCCCAAAGGAAAUGACGAACCUGACGACCUGGACGGGCCCGACGACCCGGACAGGCCCAAUGAUCCAAACGGGAUCGACGAUAUAGAUGGGCCCGAAGACCAGGACGACGGACGCGAUGACCCAGAUGGGCCCGACGACCCAAAUGGGCUCGACGAUCCAGACAGGCACGACGACAAGGACGAGCCCGACGAUAAGGACAGGCCCGACGACCCGGAUAAACCCGAUGAUCUAGACGGGCCCAAUGAGACAGACAGACCCAAAGACACAAACAUGCCCGACAACCCAGACAAGCCUCACAACCUGGACGAGCCCAAUGAUACAGAUGGGCACAACGACCAAGAUGGGCCCGACGACUCGGACGGACCUGACGACUCAGACAAGCCCUAUGAUCCAAACGGGCCCGACGACACGGACGAGCCCGAAGACACGAAUGAGCACGACGACCCGGACAAGCCUCACGACCCGCGGGUACCCGUGGAUAUCUGUGGAUAUUAA